GUCAAAAUGGCAUCGGGACCUAUCAUUGUGCAAGACUUCGAGCAGUACUUGAAGACCAAGUCUUCUGAGCCAUGGUGGCAGUACUUCAGAUCGGGAGCAGACUCGGAACAAACGUUGGCUGACAACGCAUUGGCUUUCCAAAGGUAUCGGCUACGACCUCGCUAUUUACGCGAUGUUUCCCAGCGAGAUCUCAGUAUCAGUCUGCUGGGUCAUCGUCUGCAGCUUCCAAUCGGGGUUUGCCCAUCAUCCAGCCAUGGUAUGGUGCAUCCAGAGGCAGAAAUCGCAACCGCUAAAGGCGUAGCCAGUGUUGGUUCCGCAAUGGGGCUCAGCAUGUGGUCUAACAAGCCUCUGGAAGACAUAGCCGCAGCCGUUGCGCCCGAAACACCGCUGUUCCAGCAGCUCAACGUCUUUUGUGACAGGACCAGCAUGGACAGGCUUACCUCGCACGCCGAGUGGCUGGUCAAAAGGACCGAGAGGGCGGGCUUCAAGGGCAUCGUGCUGACGGUGGAUCAGCCAGUGACAGGGAAUGGGGUGGAAAGGCGGCGCACUGGCCCGGCUGUCGAACCUCUGGAUUUGACGUUUCCGCAAUUCGUCGUUCCCGGUGGUUCUUACCUCGAUUCUGAAGACAGAAUGACACUUGACCCCUCACUGACAUGGGAUGACCUCGAAUGGCUUCGAGACUUGACCUCUUUGCCGAUCGUACUGAAAGGCAUACUCACCGCUGAAGAUGCCAGUGAAGCAGUCAAGCGCGGUGUGUCUGCCAUUUGGGUGUCAAAUCAUGGCGGCCGUCAACUGGAUGGGGCACCAGCUACGAUAGAUGCUCUACCUGAAGUAGUCAACGCCGUACGUGGCUCCAACGUGGAGGUGUAUCUUGACGGAGGAGUACGUAAAGGCACCGAUGUCCUCAAGGCCCUUGCUCUGGGAGCACGAGCCGUCUUCAUCGGCCGACCUGCACUCUGGGGGCUCGCUUACGAUGGGGAGGCAGGGGUUAGAAAGGUUCUGGAAAUCCUUCGAGAGGAGUUGAGCAGAGCUAUGGCGCUAACUGGUUGUUCUUCGAUAGCUGACAUUACGCCAGAUCUGAUAAAAAUGCCAUCGCAGUGACUUGACAUUGAAGCAACACGAGUAUUUCUACUUCACGGGCGAAUUCAGUAAUCUGACUGGAGGGUGGCUAAAAA